UUGCUAGAAAGUUGUCACUUUCUGAGUUGUUCUAACGCUGCACUCCGGAGCUGAAUAAACUGUCAGUUUGGGUUUCUGUGCGAGGUCUAUCCGCUUCUGACGCUGAGCAGCUCCUGAAAUCUCAUCCCAACGUGUCUUCUUAAGAAAACGAAUCACUUUGUCUGGUGUGAAAAAUAUGAAUGAAGUAUGGGCUGGUGUUCCCUGAGAGCCUUUGAUGAGCUGACGGCCGAAAGCUACGGAGUUAACAGAAGAUAACAGAAACCAACAGAUCAUUAUCAUCACCACGAUCAUCAUGCCAGGAGACACAAACCCAGACCCUCCACAGCUUGUGAAUCCUCCACCCCCUGAGGUGACCAACCCCAACAAGCCAGGCCGGGCGACCAACCAGCUGCGGUACAUGCAGAAUGUAGUGAUCAAAUCCCUGUGGCGGCACCAGUUCUCCUGGCCUUUUUAUCAGCCCGUUGAUGCAGUCGCUCUUGGACUAUCAGAUUACCAUACCAUAAUAACAUCUCCCAUGGACUUGGGCACCAUCAAGAAACGACUGGAGAAUAACUACUACUGGAGUGCAAGUGAAUGCAUGCAAGACUUCAACACCAUGUUCACCAACUGCUACAUAUAUAACAAGCCUACAGAUGACAUAGUGCUGAUGGCCCUCGCCUUGGAAAAGAUUUUCUUGCAAAAAGUUGCCCAGAUGCCACAGAAAGAGGUGGAGGUCUUUCCUCAAGCAGCCAAAGGGAAGGGCAAAAAAAGUAACGCUCCAGGUGGGCACAAUGGAGCAGUGACCACAGGUUCUUCAGCUAUACCUACAUCUGAGCCCAGCCCCAGCUACUUGCCCUCCAGCUCAUCCUCAGUGCCAUCACAGUCUUCACAGACCUCCCCAAAGAAGACAGUGCUGAUGCGGAAGGCCACAGCUGAUUUGUUCUCAGCAACCAGUUUGAGCACUUUAUCGGAAAGCAAGAGGAGACGUCGAAACUCAGACCAAGUCACCAGUCCCUCCAGGAAGGAGUUGCCACAACAAGGACGUGAGAAGGGCAGCGAGCAGCUCAAGUACUGCAACGAUAUCCUGAAGGAAAUGCUGUCAAAGAAACACGCAGCCUACGCCUGGCCUUUCUACAAGCCUGUCGACGCCGAGGCUCUGCAGCUGCACGAUUACCAUGACAUCAUCAAACACCCCAUGGAUCUCAGCACUGUCAAAAAAAAGAUGGAUGGAAGAGAGUACCUGGAUGCUCACGGCUUCGCUGCAGACGUGAGGUUGAUUUUUUCCAAUUGCUACGAAUACAACCCUCCGCAUCAUGAUGUCGUCACUCAGGCCAGGAAACUUCAGAGUGUGUUCGAGACGAGAUUUGCAAAGAUGCCGGAAGAGCCAGUGGAGUCGAUUUCACCGAUGAGUGGCGCGUCUGCUCAGAGUGCAGUUUUUAGUGGGAUCAGUGUCAACAGCUCCCCCAACUUGGACAAAUCGGACUUAGCAGAGGAGCGCGCCACCCGACUUGCAGAGUUGCAAGAACAGGUGGGUGCAGAACAGCUUAAAGCUGUUCACGAGCAGCUCACUGCCCUCUCUGAAGUCCCGGUGAUUAAACCAAAGAAAAAAGAGAAGGACAAGAAAGAUGACAGCAUGCAACAUAAAGGAAGCACAAACCCCAGCUCCAGGCCGCCGUGGAAGCGAAGCAAAGGCUGGGAUUCCAAUGAUGAAUCUCUGCCGAUGACAUACGAGGAGAAGCACCAGCUGAGCCUGGACAUUAACCGGCUACCUGGCAUGAAGCUGGGCCGCGUGGUGCACAUCAUUCAAACGCUAGAGCCCUCAGUGUGUGACACCAACCCGGACGAGAUCGAGAUUGACUUUGAGAUACUGAAGCCGUCCACUCUGCGUGAGCUGGAGCAAUACGUGAAGUCUUGUCUGCAUAAGAAGUUUAAGAAACUUCAAAAGAAAAGCGGUGAAGCUGUGUCUCAUCACGCCGGCUGCAGCAGUUCCUCAGAUUCUGCCACCAGCAGCUCCAGUGACUCCAGUUCAGAAAACAGUGACUCGUGACAACUGUACUGUUUUUUUAUGUAUUUCUUCUUUUGUUUCCCCAAAGCGAGUUCUUUGACACUGUUAAACAUUGCUUAUUUUUGUAUUUGUUAUGUGCUCAGUUUCUGGAAAACUAAACCUGCCAGACAGUGUCUUAGUAUUCACUGCGGCUUUUCCCGCUUUGCUUCUUUAUUACCGGCAAUAUCCGUCACUGGUGUUUCUUAUCAGACGCUAUAAAUUCACAGCAUAGCUGGAUGUCACGCUGCUGGGGCUCGCCAUUUCAUAACACACGAGUUGCGACCAAUAUCCUGUCUGUCAUUCUUUUUGUCCGUACUGUUUAAGUGCAGCAUGGGCCUUUUUCAAAUAAAUCAUACAAAUGCAGGUUUUUAAAUAUAUUCUUCUUAAAACCCACUUGUUGCACUAGACAACGAGGGGCUGCUAUCAGGGGAAUCGGCAUUGAUAUUACCUUUGUGGCGGGAAGCAUACUUUUAGUAUUUUUUAUCCGAAAGCAGAGGGAGACGAGGUAGAAGACUAACCAAAGAAUUGUUUCAAGGUAAACAAAGGUACACAUCUCCGCACCUUAUCAGUUUUUACCUGUGUCAGAAAGAUUUCAUUAUUCAACUUGGGGAAGAAAAUGGUUAUUGUAUUCGUCAAUUUUAACCAGAAACAGAGAUUAGUAAAAUAACCCAAAGAGGCUGCAGAUGUGCAAAAACCUGGACAUGGGGUUCUGGAGUCAGUUCAACAUUUUUGUGAUAUAUAGCAAUGAAAUCUCUCGUUCUCGCUCUCUCUCCGGCCUUCAUUCUGCCUUCAUUUUGUGUCCAGGCUGUUUUGGUUCUACUCAACUUCAAAAAUCAGAAUGGUGUUUUGUUUUUUUUUUUUUCGAAUUCUCAAAAUUCAGUCAUUUGUAUUUCUUUUAUGAUAUCAUUGUAUUUAAAAGUCAUAUAAU